AGAACAAAAUCAGGAAGUGUAAGAGCCGCUGCUAGCCAGCUGGGAGGGAGCUGAGUUUUCAAAGGGAGACAACCCUCAGCUCCCAGCGCUCCCAGCAACUCCGGUGGCACUCGGCCACUAACACUGGCCCAGUCUUUGGGUCCCUGGGGCCCAUGACCACCAGGAUGCUGUGGGCACUGGCCAUGGAUGACAGCGAACCCUGAACGCUCUGGGAGUGCCACCCAGUCCCACAAGCCUGCAUGCCCCGCAGCUGAGAUGGGCUCAGCUCCUGGACUUGCCACAGACAGAAAGCACAACACACACUUGACAGGGAGAAUCUUUGCCUGAUCCGGGGCUGCUCAGAGCACAGGGCAGAAGGUGGCUAGCCAGCCCAGGGCAGGAGAUGCAGAGCACCGUCAAUUACCUGUGGCACACCGACGACCUGCUGGGGCAGGGGGCCACUGCCAGUGUAUACAAGGCCCGAAACAAGAAAUCUGGGGAGCUGGUCGCGGUGAAAGUCUUCAACACUGCCAGCUACCUGCGCCCCCGUGAGGUGCAGGUGAGGGAGUUUGAGGUCCUGCGGAAGCUGAACCACCAGAACAUCGUCAAGCUCUUUGCAGUGGAGGAGACGGGGACCAGCCGGCAGAAGGUGCUGGUGAUGGAAUACUGCUCCAGCGGGAGCCUGCUGAGCGUGCUCGAGAGCCCCGAGAACGCCUUCGGGCUGCCGGAGGCUGAGUUCCUGGUAGUGCUGCGCUGUGUGGUGGCCGGCAUGAACCAUCUGCGAGAGAACAGCAUCGUGCACCGUGACAUCAAGCCGGGGAACAUCAUGCGCCUGGUGGGGGAGGCAGGGCAGAGCAUCUAUAAGCUGACGGACUUCGGAGCCGCCCGAGAGCUGGAUGACGACGAGAAGUUCAUCUCCGUCUACGGGACUGAGGAGUACCUGCACCCUGACAUGUAUGAACGGGCGGUGCUUCGUAAGCACCAGCAGAAGGCAUUCGGGGUGACUGUGGAUCUCUGGAGCAUUGGGGUGACCCUGUACCAUGCAGCCACCGGCAGCCUGCCCUUCGUCCCCUUCGGUGGGCCACGGCGCAACAAGGAGAUCAUGUACCGGAUCACCACAGAGAAGCCAGCCGGGGCCAUCGCAGGCACUCAGAGGCGGGAGAACGGGCCCCUGGAGUGGAGCUACGCCCUGCCCAUCACCUGCCAGCUGUCGAUGGGGCUGCAGAACCAGCUGGUGCCCAUCCUGGCUAACAUCCUGGAGGUGGAGCAGGCCAAGUGCUGGGGCUUCGACCAGUUCUUUGCGGAGACCAGUGACAUCCUGCAGCGAGUCAUCAUCCAUGUCUUCUCGCUACCCCAGGCGGUCCUGCACCACAUCUAUAUCCACGCCCACAACACGAUAGCCAUCUUCCUGGAGGCUGUGUACAAGCAGACCAACGUGGCUCCCCAGCACCAAGAGUACCUCUUUGAGGGUCACCUCCGUGUCCUCGAACCCGACCUUUCAGCACAGCACAUCGCCCACACAACAGCAAGCAGCCCCCUGACACUAUUCAGCAUGGCUGCUGAGACCCCCAAGGGACUGGCCUUCAGGGACCCUGCUCUGGACAUCCCCAAGUUCAUGCCCAAAGUGGACCUGCAGGCAGAUUACAACACCGCCAAGGGUGUGUUGGGUGCCGGCUACCAGGCCUUGCGGCUGGCACAGGCCCUGCUGGCCGGGCAGGAGCUGAUGCUUCGGGGGCUGCACUGGUUCAUGGAGACACUGCAGGCCACCUGCAGGCGGACGCUGGAGGUCACACGGAUGGCUCUCCUAUUCCUCAGUAGCAGCCUGGGCGCCGAGAGGUUCAGCGACACAGCUAGGAUGCCUGACAUCCAAGAACUGAAGAGGGUCACAGAGCUGAGGUCCAAGCUGCGGGAUGUGGCUGAGGUCCUCUCCAGAUUACCCCACAAUAUCACAGAGAUCCAGACGAACCUGAGCAGCCUGAGCUCAGAGCUAGUGAAGAACCGGGAUCAGGUACAUGAGGACAGAAGCAUCCAGCAGAUUCAGUGUUGCCUGGACAAGAUGCACCUCAUCUACAAACAGUUCAAGAAAUCCAGGAUGAGGCCAGGACUUGGCUACAAUGAGGAGCAGAUUCACAAACUGGAUAAGGUGAAUUUCAGUCAUUUAGCCAAAAGGCUCCUGCAGGUGUUCCAGGAGGAGUGCGUGCAGAAGUAUCAGACAUCCCUAGUCACGCUCGGCAAUUGGAUGAGGUCGGUACAUGAGGCCAGGAAUCGCCUGCGCCUGGUCGGCUGCUCCGUGGCUGCUUACAGCACAGAAGCCCAGGGGUUCCAGGAGAGCCUCAGCAAGAUCCUUGACCAGCUGUCUCACCAGCUCCAGGACAGCAUAAAGGGGGCUCAGGCCUCAUCACCCCCGAUAUCUCCUUAUUCCAGUUCUUCACUAAAGGACCUGGGUCUCCACAUGGAGGAGCUCUAUGAGGACAUGAAGCUGCUGGCUUUUGACCUGCAGGACAACAACCGCAUGAUUGAAGGAUUAGGCAGGGUCCAAUCGGCUCCUGAUGUCUGAGCUCCGUGGGGCGCCCGAAGCUUCUAAUCCCGAAGCAUUAGAAUCAUUCAAACACUGUGCUCCUGCCUGCACUGUGGGACCCAACACAAGACGAACCGUGGUCCCAUCUCAUCAGCCUACCUCCCUCCCGGCCGACAGCUGGGAGAUGUCACCAGCAUUACCUUCCACUGCCUUUCUGCAGGAAGCAGCAGGCAGCACCUGGGAGACCAGACAGUCUCUGUCAGGACCCACACUGCCUGUGCUGACCUUUGUAUCUUAUGCAGGCUCAGGUAGCAUUCCUCCAUCGCCCUGGCAUGUAGGGGUGAGCCUGACCAGGCCCUGGGGAGAAGAGGCUGCAAUAGCCUCCCAGGCACCCCUCUGGUUUACAGAGCUUCGUUCCUCAAGGAACAAAAGAGGAGGCCUUCUGGGGGUUCCGCGGGGUGCUGGGUCAAGCAACCUAAUCUCAAUCCUUCCUUUCCCUUAAGGUGUUUCUCACUGAACAUACAAUCUUCUCUCUCCUGUGAUUUCUGAGGGUCACCACACUUGGCCAUCACGGAGCCUGGUUUUCCUUCUGCUCUUGGUCCGGCUGAGCCUGACGUUGAGAGGAUGGGUGGUGAAGGCCGGUUGCCACUGUCCAGGGACUCUUUUCCUCUUCUCUCCCUCUGAGGCACCACCAGGUUCUGAGCUAUGCAGCCAGCUGGGGUCAGUAGUAGCCGUGCAAUUAGCACAGGCCUAUAAGUCCAGAGCCCUGAGGAGAUAAAAGGCCUGCACCUUGAAGAAGUGGAAUAAACAUAGACUUCUUUUCUAUU